AUGCUAGAUAACUUAGAGUUAAACUCAUUUGGUCAUCAUUAGUAGCAUCCUACACUUAACCAAGCUUAGUUGUAAAAAAUGCUCUCUCCUAUGCAUAAAUCACUUCCGACUUCAUAAACUCAACAGAAUACAUAGGCGAAACAAGAUUAGUAAAUAGUAUAAUCAAAAAUAUAUGUUUGGGGAAGUAUUAAUAAUCUAAAUUAAUUGAGAUCAAACAGUAAAAGUGGCAAUAAGAGAUUAAUUUCUGCAUCUAAUUCAACAUCUCAAAAUGAUUUUGAUAAAGUUGAGUAUAUCUACAAAUUCAAGAAUAAUGCGAUUGUGAAUGUUAAUUGUGGGAAAAAUCAUAUUGCUAUGAUAUCUAAAAAAGGAGAAUUAUAUAUGCUAGGUUAAAAUGACUAUGGAUAGCUUGGUGUCGAUAGUGAUGAGUUUGAAACAUAAAUAGUUUAACCACUCUAGAUAUCAUCUCUUUAUUACAAAGGAUUAAUAAUAGACUAAGUUUCGUGUGGAUUUUCUCAUACAAUAGCAGUUUCUAAAAAUGGCAAAGUAUUUUCAUGGGGAUAUGCUAAAUUUGGUUAGCUUGGACAUCAAAACUUCGACAAUAAAUCAAAGCCUACUGAAAUUUCCUUUUUUACUUCGGCCUAUUAAUCAUCAAAAGAGAUAUUGCAAGUAUAGUGUGGCGCUCAUCAUUGUGGUUUGCUUGAUUCUUAAGGAGAUUUAUAUAUGUGGGGAGCUGGCGAAUUAGGAUAGCUUGGCUCUACAAAUAGAUUUAAUGAGAAUAAACCUUUUUUAUUGAGAAAAGUAACACAACAAGGUGAGAAGAUUAAAGAAAUUGCAUUAGGGUAUUAUCAUACCUUGAUUUUAACAGACUUAAGUAGAGUUCUUUAAACAGGAAUAAGUGAAAAGGCUUUGAAAAUAUCAUAAAAUUAAAAUGACAUAAGUACUUAUUUUUGCGAUGUAGCUUGCUUGAAUAAUUAAAUCGAAAUUCUCUCCAUUAAAGCAAAAGAUAUGUCUGCAGCUUUAAAUAAUGCAGGAUAAGUUAUGAUAUGGGCUAGCACUUAAUAUUUAGAUGUGAUUGGUGGCAUUAAAGACAUUGGAUCAUUUGGGGAUACAAAAACUCUAGAAAAUAUAUUCAUUCAUGAUUAUGAGCUGUGUAAGGAUACUAUUAUUAUGAGAAGUGAUGAUAAAUUUUACAAAUAUUCAAUGCUAGAUCAGAGCUUUGUAAAUUUUGAGUAAACAUUGAUAUAAAGUUAGCUAAGGCUUACGAUUAAUAAUCUUACCAUACUAUCUUGUGGUAAUCAAUUUAUCAUCGGUGUCGAGAGUAAAAGGAAAAAUCUCUCUUAAUAAUCCAAAACAACUGAUGGGAGCUAGAGUUUUAAAUAAUCAUCUUCAAAAUCAAGUUCUAGUCACACCUUGAAAAAUUUCUAAGAGAGCAAUGAGAAAUUAUCUAAUUAGCCAUUAAGAGGUGUAUUAGCUAACAAAAAUUAUGCACUUAAUAUGAAUGAAUCUGAUAACUGCUAAUCAGAUCUGUAAGUAUUCAACAAGUCCUACUAUGGUGGGUAAAGUACAGUUGUGAAAAGGUUAUCAAGUUAUUAGAAUACACGAAGUGGUUCGAGAGGAGAAGCUCAAUUAAGUAUUUAUUCAAAUGAAAAUUUGCAAGCAUUUAUGUAGUAAAAUCAAAAUUAAGCCAAUGCUUUAUUUAAACUCGGAUAAAAGAUAGAAAACUUAAGCCAAUCUUCAAUGCUUUUUAAUGCAACAUAAAACACAAACAAUGAGGGACUAAAACACAUAAAGUCAGUUAUAUAUGAUGAUGCAAAUGAAGAUAAUGCUUCAUCAUUCUCUAUGAAUUAAACUAUGAGAUAGAAUACUUUAAUAUCUUAUAAUGAAAAUAACCACUUUAAAUACAAUGAUGUGUAAUCAUCUUAAAUUGAAUAAGAAAACCUAACUAGUUCGGGUAAAAUGGACAUACAUGAGAAUAUAAGUUCAAUUUUAGGUCCUAAGAGUUUACGAAUUUCAUAUGAUGAGCUAAGAUGUGGACCGAUUUCUGACUUAACGACAUCAAGAAGAUAAAAAGAAAGCAAUGGUGAAAUAUCGAGAUCAUAAACACCUGAGGAUGAAUCAGAGCAAUUAAGACAUAGAAAUCAGCUAGUCUCUUUUAGAAAUAUUGAAGAUAAUCAAAAUUAUAUGAGACAUAAUCCAUAAGGAUCAGAAGAUUUUGCAAACAUUUAAUCGAAAAACGCAUUAUCAGAGAAGAAAACUGGUAAAAAAGAAAAGGUAAAGGAAGCCCUUCAUUAAGAGAUUAGACAAAGAGUAAUGAUAGAAUAAUAACUAAUGAAGUUAUAAUAAGAAUUCGACUAGUUCAAAAAUGAGGUAGGUGUGGAUUAAAUGAAAUAGGUGCUAUAAGAAUCAUAAAAUGAAUACUAAAAGCUCUAUGAAAUUUGUGUAAAAGAAUGCGAAAAAUCGACAAAGUAUUGUGAGCUAUAUAAAAAAGAAAAAAAUUUGAGGGAGUAAAGAGAAAAUCAAAUCGUAGAUUUUAGUGAUUAAGAAGAACUAUUGAAAAAUUAGAUAAGACAUCUAGAGAAUUAGUUAUGUCUUUUAAGAGAUCAGAAAGAUACUGAACAAUAAUCUUUACAGUAAACUGUAAUGGACUAGCAAAAAAUAAUAGAGGAAUUAAGAGAAUUAAUUAAAAUUGAAAAGGAAUCUACGAGAGAAAAAGUAUUUGAUCUUGAGGAGAUAAAUAUCUAACUCAGAUAAGAAAUAUAAUUGAUUCAUGAGUAGAACUAAGGCUAACUGAUGAUAUAGUAAUAAACAAUUCAUCUUUUAAGUACUUAAAAUCAAGAAUUAAAAGUAUCUAUGGGACAGCUAAAUGAAAAACUAAAUAAAAUUGAUCAGGAAAAAGGAAAGUCUGAAAAUCUCUAAAAAGAAAAUAUGAGCUUAAGAUAAGAUUUAAGCCAAGCUUAAAGUGUCUUAAAGACCAAAAUAAAAAUCAUCAAUGAUUAUGAUUAAUUGUUUUCUUAGUUGAAACAGUAAGAAUAGGACUAGAAUGAUUGCUAGCAAUUAUUGAAUCAAUAAAAAUCUUAAUUGCCUUCAUUGAAUGAUGUAAAAAACAAGACACUCGAAAUAGAGAUUACCAAUAAUUAAAAUAAUAAUACUUCACUUUUAGCUUAGUUAUAAUAAACAACUGCAUAUACCACUCCAUUAUUUAAAAAUAAUACAACCCCUAAGUAGGAUAGGAAUCUUAGUUAAGGUAAGACAAAUUUUAUAGUGAAAAAGAAUCAAUCUAAUAUCACUUCAAAAGUUGAGUGUCAUAGUAAUAAAGUGGUGACUCCAAAAAUAAUAAGCUAAACAACAAAAAGUAGUGCUCUUCAUUCUAAUUAUUAAUCAAAAAAGCAACCUACUUUGAGUAAAUAGACCUCUAAUUAAAAUACAAAUAGUAAAGAUACAAAGUAAACUUUAAGUAAUCAAAGACUCAAUAAAAAGGCUUCGUAAAAAUCAAUUGAGAAUUCUCCACUAAAAUUGCAAUAAAUAAUUUAAGAGUAAGAUAUGAACACACAGAAAUUCAUUAAAGAUAUCUCAAAAAUUGUUGGAAAUCCAGCAAUAUCUAAAGAUUUGAAUUAAAGCUAAUAAAAUCAAGACAAUCAGAUUUAAGAUCAAUAAAAAAGCGCUUAAACAAAUUAGAUAAGUAGUGGAUUUAAUAAGAAAAAAUCGAGAUCAAAUUCACCUAUUGAUUAUCUUGGCUAUAAAGUAAAGCCCAAUACACAAUACUAGCCAAGAUUAUCUUCCUCAAAUGCCUCUGGUUCUUAAACACAAAGGUUAUAGAAUAGGCAUGUACACAUAAAUCUUGCAUAAUCAAGAAAUCUAGUUUAAGCGAUUCUCCCAUCUCCGAAAAUUAUUAAUACAUAUGAUGAUGAUUAUAAGACUCCUAGUACAUACUCUCUUAAUAUAACACCAGUUAUUCAAAGUAGCAGAGGCAAUAAUAUGAAUGCUACUUUUAUAGCUUAGGGAUAAAGAAAUUCUAUCUUUGAAAACGAUUUUAACACUCAGCAUUAUAUUAGUGGUAAUAGUAAUUCAAAACCAUAACAAAAUUUGAGCAAAUCUUUUGAUGGACAUCAGAGUACUGUAAGCAAGAAGCAGGUAAAAUUUCAAAUUUUGACUUAAAGCUGCCCAAAGCCUGAUGAAAACUCCUAAUCCUAAACUUCAUUUAUGAAGGAAUAAAAUUAACCAUUAAUUUCAAGUUUCAUAAAGGCAGAUGAUAAUCCUAUAGUUAAAGAUGAAAGCGAAAUAGAGAAACUUUAUGAAUCUCUAUCUUAAGAUAUGAAAUCAUUGUAGGGUUAAAACGUAGAUAAUCUUAAAGGCAAACUAGAGCAAAUUAGGAAAAACAAAUCUCUUCUAGAGGAAAAGAUAAAAGAGUACGAGAAGAAACUUGGAAAAUGA